AUGAAUUCGAAAGUCAUUUUACUUGGAACAAGCCAUCCUCAUAUUUUUCACCGCAUUAAAUAUCUUCAAGACCGACAUAUGACUAUUCUAGGAUACUUCGACAGCGACGAAAAUGUGUCACGUGAAAUGCAAAAGCAUGUCAAUUGCACACGUUUCACUGAUCCAGUGGAGCUUCUCAGCUUGGACUUUGACGCCGUAUUCAUUCAUGGUGAAGAUGUUCAGAAUCCAAGCUAUAUUCAAUCAGCUAUUGCAAGUGGUGCCAAGGGAAUCUUCGUAGAGAAGCCUGGUGCUGCUCAUCCAGAGCAAUUCAACAAGCUGAUCCCACAGAUUGAGGCCCACGGAGUUAUAUUCGAAGUUGGUUGGGAACUACAUUACCUCGAGAUCGUCGAGUUUGCCCGCAACGUUCUGCGAACAUCGCUUUUGGGCCAUAUCACUGAAGCCAGAUUCCAUGGUGGCUGCCCUGGAGGCGCCGGAGCGGAAGCUUGGCAAUCAAAUAUUCAUAAUAUUGGCGGCUUUUUCUAUAGUCUAGGUGGGCAUGUUGUAGAGACUGCGACUGAUCUUUUCGGCCUCCCGACCCAGGUGGUUGCCUCGAUACGAAAGCUACCGAAGGAGAAACCCCACUCUGGAUACUCUUGGGUCCCGGGACUUUUUGAACAGAAGGAGCUCAAUCCUAUGAAAGCAAUCGGAACACUUGAAUACGAAGAUAUUGCCUCAGCUAUUCUGGAAUACAAGACAAAAAAUGUCCAUCUUGACUUCACAGCAUGGGAGCCUAGUGGAUAUCUCGAUGAUUGGACAAUGGAUAUCUACGGUGUGCAGGGGGCUCUGCACCUGAAUUUUGAUACCCCUGGGGGCUAUCUCCUACUUAAGGAUGCAAAGGGUGAGUGGAAAAAGGGCCGAAACGAUUUGUUUCCUGAAACAAUCCAUAAGAAGGGUGAGAUGCUUCAAGCCGCCUUUAUUAAACAAAUGGAUUCAUUCUUUCGACGCAUACAGUCGCGAGAUGAAGGGUUGACGAAUUGCAAUGAAAAGGCUGCGUUUAAUGUGCUUCAUUUGUUUCAGAAACUGUACGAGUCGGCUGAGAAGAGGUCAUGGAUUACAAUUGAAGAAUGA